AUGGCUGCUGCCACCGACACUCCCCGGCAAGUGACUACCGGGGAAACUGCCAUUGCUCUGGUCACCUUCAAUGUGGAGGCCACCUCCGCCCGCGACUUUACUUGUAAUGCCUUUCGUGUCUCUUGC